GGGGGAGGGGAGCGUCGGCGGCAAUGGGGAUCCAGGGUCUGCUGCCGCAGCUGAAGUCGAUCAUGGCGCCCAUCAGGGUGGAGGAGCUGCGGGGCCAGACGGUGGCCGUCGACACCUACUCCUGGCUCCACAAGGGCGCCCUCUCCUGCGGCGACCGCCUCUGCAAGGGCAUCCCCACCACCAGGCAUAUUGAAUACUGCAUGCAUAGGGUCAACAUGCUGCGGCAUUAUGGCGUGAAACCAAUUCUUGUAUUUGAUGGUGGCCUUCUGCCAAUAAAGAGUGAUCAGGAGACAAAGAGAGCAAGGUCAAGAAAGGAAAACCUUGAGCGUGCCAGGGAACAUGAAGCUGCUGGGAACUCGCGUGCUGCUUUUGAGUGCUAUCAGAAAGCUGUUGACAUUACACCUAGAAUUGCUUCUGAACUGAUCGAGGUUCUGAAGAAAGAAAAGGUCGAUUACAUUGUUGCACCUUAUGAAGCAGAUGCGCAAAUGACAUUCUUGUCUAUUAACAAACUUGUUGAUGCUGUGAUCACAGAAGAUUCAGAUUUGAUACCAUUUGGUUGUUCUAGAAUUAUUUUCAAAAUGGACAAAUUUGGGCAAGGUGUUGAAUUUCAGAUUACUCGAUUAGAGCGAAAUAGAGAGCUUGACUUCAACGGGUUCACUAGGCAAAUGCUACUCGAGAUGUGUAUUCUAAGUGGCUGUGACUAUCUCCCCUCAUUGCCAGGAAUGGGUGUGAAACGAGCUCAUGCACUCAUCCAAAAGCUUAAGUGUCAUGAGAAGGUGAUCAAGCACCUGAGGUACACUGCUGUUUCUGUUCCACCUCAAUAUGAAGAGAACUUCAAGAAGGCAAUCUGGGCAUUUAAGUUCCAAAGGGUCUAUGAUCCUGCUACAGAAGAUAUUAUUCAUUUAUCAAGCGUUCCUCAUGAUCUCACCGAAGACUUGGAAUUUUUGGGCCCAUGGUUACCACAGGAUAUUGCCAAAGGCAUUGCUCUAGGGAACAUUGAUCCACUUACAAAGGAAUUGUUCAAGAGCAAACCAGAGUGCAGUGCACCUGCUGUUGACAAGGUUUAUGCAACCAGAGAGCCUAUUGCUACUUCAAAUGGGAAGAAGAGGCUAGAUUUGCCUGUGCAGAAAAAUAUAUUGACAAACUACUUCUGCUUAGCAUCCCUCGAGGCAAAACGGAAAUUCAGAGCACCUAAAGUAACACCUAAGCAACAAGUAUCGAACGGGUCUUUUCCUAGCCCGCAAACUCAAGACACUGGUACCCCUGUUUCGGUUGAAGAUACUAGGUUGCCAACAGGUCAUAUUCAAGCUUCGCAAUGUAGUUCUGAGCUUUUAAGCUCCGAACCGUCUCAAGAUGAGCCAAUCAAUGCUGCAUCUCAGUGUAGCUCUGAGCGUUUCAGCUGUGAGUUUCCCCUCGAUGAUUCAGCCAAUAUUUUGCCCCAACGGAGUUCACGUGAUGGUGGUAGUGAUCCUCCUUAUGAGGACACGGGAAUGGAAGACAGAAAGGUUGAGGCUGACUACUGCAACGACAAUACACUACUAACAAGUCCUUGCUUAGUGGGAAAAUCUCCCAGGAUAUCGGAGACUUCUUUACUUCCACAUAACAUGGAACCAUCUAUACCAGCUCAACCUUAUACUGAAGGCAUUGUGGCCUCCAAAAACAAAGACGUAGUAAGGAGUUCAUACUUCAAAACGAUAAAUAAGAGAGUUAGCAAAAAUCAAGAAGACCAGUUAGAUGAUGAAGAUGAUUACGAUAAUGACACUUGUAAUCUUCCUAGAGAUCAACUUAGGAAGUCUGGCAUGUUGAAGAGAAGAAAAAUUUCUGGCAUCCAAAAUUUCAAAGAUGAAUCAUUACAGACGAUUAGUUCUGAUGAUAGUCCGCCACUCAUUGGUGAAGGCUGCGAUACCGAUAAUCUUGAUGAUACAAAUAUAAGAGCUGAAGGAAGAUUUGGAUGCAAUGUUUCCCAUGUGAAUAUGUACAGUGGAAUUGCGGAAAAAUCAAUGGAUAAAUUUGCUGCAUUGAUAUCAUCUUUCAGAUACCCAGGCUCCCGUGCCAGUGGCCUCCGUGCUCCUUUAAAGGAUGUCAAGAACACACUUUCUGUGAGAUCUAUUCUCAGAGCUCCAGAAAAAGGCGCACUCAGAUGCACAGCAAAGAAAUCAGAUCUAGGCCCCCCUUCAAGAAGCAGAUACAAUAGCCAUGAUAACAAAACUGCUGCCAGCCCCCCUGAUAUUAGCGAAUUUGCAUACAGGCCUGUGAAAACUGUUCAUUCUGAUCAAGACGGAACCACAAGUAAAACCAAAAAUGCCACUGAUGCUCCCCCUGAUCUUGACACAUUUGCGUACACUCCUAUUGUCUGCCCUCCUGCUCGUAGCAAAUUCACAAGCACAGCUAUGAAAACUGCAGACAGCCCUCCUGAUCUAAGCACAUUUGCAUAUAAGCCCAUGAAAGGCACAGUCAGAUAUUCGGAUGGGAGCAGAUUCAGAGGUACAGCACUGAAUGCAGAUGGUGGGACUUCUCGGAGCCAAAUUAAAUAGAACAAGCGCAGCACAUGUCGACUCACCUGAACAAGCGGAUAGUUUGCCUGUCUCAGUUAUUUUGUCCAAUGGCAAUCAAAAGGAAAGAUCUCUCGAGUCCUUUCUUUCGGCAGCCAUACUUUCUUCACAAAACUUUCAAGAGAAAGAUGGACUCUCUUUCAUUGCAAUUUGCCUGCCCUAACACUCUGAAGAUCUGGUGCUGCUACACUGCUACCACCCAGGUCCAGCAGCAUCAAAUGCUGCGGUGAGGGGGGGAACACCUGAUCAGAGCAUUUCCAUUCUUAGAGCAUAAAGGAAGCUGGAAGCAUAACUGAAGGUAUCUGACAUUCACACAUUGGAGGGCCGUGAGUAGCUGCUGAGGCUCCUUGUUUCAGAGCCCAUUUUGUGCGCUGCCUGUGUCCAAACCAAGUGUACAUGCUCAUUUGCAGCAGCAGUCCUGUUGUCUGAAAAAAAAAGCAGUCACAUUUGUCUGUAGCCAGGAUACUGUUGUAUAUGUUCAUCGUUGUAAGUAUGAGCAUGAUUCAGACGCCAUUAUUGAUAUUUCUCGCCAAUUCCUGAUC